AUGACCGAGAAAAUCACAGGUUCUCUGACCGCGCUGCGGUUGGGGCAUGUGGGAUUUGAACUUCAUGAAAAACUCCAGCCGCACACAGCCGACGGCCGCCGAUCCGGGGACGGCGGGAAGGAUGUAAUAUGCUCUGCGUCGACCCUGUCUCGCUGUCUCAAUGUCCCCGACUGGGCUCCGGCCCGGUCCGGGGUUAGGCGUCGGCUAUGUGCGGCCACACAGACUAAAGUUGCUAAGAAAAACAUUGUGAUCAUAAGGUAUCUUAUAGCAUUAAAUCCUUCCUUCGCCAGAAAGGUUAACAAUGUGGAAGAAUUCACAUACAUGAAAUUUUUGAAAAGCUUUUGCAAGAUAAUGGACUUUUGGCCCGAAAGGGAAGAGAAGAAUAGUAAAACGAGGAUUUUCAGGCUUCGGUACAUCCUGGUCUUGCAGUUCUGUUUCACUCUCGUCGCCGGCGUUCUUUACUUGACGAAUAGCGUCGGGAAACAGACCUUCUACGACCUCGGCCACACUAUCAUAACUGUUCUCAUGAACGUCGUCUCGGUUAGCAGAUUAAUACUGAGAUGCUUUAAAAAAUACGAUGUCGUCGGACAACAAUUCAUUAACAAAAUUCAUCUGUAUCAUUACAGAAACGAUUCCGAAUAUGCCAUGAAGAUUCACACCGUUGUGCACAAGAUAUCACAUAAUAUGACCUACAUAUUUUCUUUUUGCAUUAUCUUCGGUACAGUUACGUUUAACCUGACCCCGAUUUUCAACAAUAUCGGGUCGGGUGCAUACAAGAAUCCUCGACCAGACAACGUGACCUUGCAGCAAUGCGUGUAUUACGCACUCCCCUUUGACUACACGGGAGAUUUCAAGUGGUACUUGCUGGUGGCCAUCUUUAACGUACAGAAAACAUUUUUCUGCACCUCACUAUUUAUAUUAUUUGAAUUAUCACUGUCCUUGAUGAUAAUAUGCUUGUGGGGACAUCUCCGGAUCUUUAUCCACAAUUUGAACCACAUACCGGCGCCUCGUAACUCCUUGGAGUACACAAAAGAAGAGAGACAAGAAGUGGAUGAUACGCUGAAGAAGUGCAUUCAACACCACACUUUAAUAAUAGGAUUUGUUCGCAUAAUGUCUGAGACGUACGGUCUGGCGGUCCUCAUCUAUUACGCUUUCCAGCAAGUGGUUGGAUGCUUGUUGCUGUUGCAAUGUUCACAAAUGGAAUUGAAAACUGUCACGCGAUUUGGAUUUUUGACACUGGUUCUAAAUCAACAAUUAAUUCAAAUAUCGGUCAUAUUUGAGCUUUUAGGGUAUAUGAGUGACAAACUCCAAGAUGCAGUGUACUGCGUGCCGUGGGAGUACAUGGACACAAGUCACAGGAAGAUGGUGUACAUGAUGUUCAGACAGUCGCAGAUACCAUUGCAGUUGAAGGCUAUGAACAUGUUGAGCAUAGGCGUCAAAACUAUGGUAUCGAUAUUGAAGACGUCUGUAACGUACUACCUUAUCUUAAAAACCGUUACGACCGACGAAGCUUAAGAACAACAGAAACUACACUACUAUAAACAAUUUAUAUUUUAGAUACAUAAAUUAAUUAUUCUGUAAAAUAAUGAAUUAUGUUUUUCACUUUUGGAAUUUCCUUUAAAUGCCAACAUGAAAAUUCCUACUAAAGAUAUUUAUUUACUUUAUUAAACAUAGAACUACUUUGAAUAUUUAAAUUAAUCUGCAAAAAUAUAAUUAAAGCAAAUUUUAUAUCAAAUAAAAGUAUAUUUGCUAUAAUUAUACAUUGAUAAUGACACUUAUUA